GUUCCACUUCUCAUGCACCUCCCUUCCGGCACCCACGUCCCCCCUCCGCUCAUUUUUACCUCCUCGCUGCCCCUGCCCUACUACUCACCACCUCCCCACUUCACCCCACUCACCACCAAACUGCAUCCUCUACCGAGCGCGAGACCGUUUAACGAAAACCUUUUGAAUGCUUGCCGACCUGCUCGAUUUGCAGCUCGAUCUCGUCGUAUUUCCCGCCAACACGUAACGAUACGAAAUUACGUCAGGCGUCGUGGUCAUACCAAGCCACAAAUUUAGUGUCGCUGCUGCAACGCGUGCUGCGAUCAGUAACACGCCUGUCUUUUCGCUUGAACGGCCAAUGUGGAACAAACAACGCGAGCUCGAGGUGGACAGCGGUCGUCUAAGCAUUGACCAGUGUCAGUCAUCUGCAGCAGUGACCUUUUAGCGAUCGCACGACCUUCGCCCCACUGGCUCUAUUUGCUUGUUCUGAAAUUGUGCACAAACGAACAGGACUGUGGACUCAUAAAUUUCCGAGGACGUUUCUAUAAUAGUGGAGAGUCCUCGGACAAAAAGAGGUCUCAUCCUCACAUGUCAUACGCGCUAGAACUGUUUUUUUGUGUUUUCUGGGCUUCGCUCCCGUGCUCCCGCGGAAAUGCCUAAAUGCCGCGGGACCGUUGUGGUUCCGGCAGAUCACUUCUCAGUGGUUGUUGGUGGUCUCAGCUGUCGUGCGUUCGGUCGGGCCUCGCCCUUUCCCUUAGGGUGUUUGAAUAUUGGCAGGAAGAGCAUUUUGAACGGAGCGAGGUAACCUAAACUGGACCAUACUAGGACCGCUAGAAAAGCAGGACCUUUGUUGUAGAACAGUUGAGGAAACAGGACUUGGCGAGCAAAGCUUGGAGCAGCGAAAACAGGCAUAAAACACAUUUCAAUACUGUCUGAGACACAAAAACUGCAGUCUCCUCGCACACAGGUCCAAGCGUCUAUAACUCGAUCAUCCACUCAUUUGCUCAGUCUACGUGGCUUGCAGUCGCAGUUCUGAGAUUGUCCGCGUUGGUUUGCAGCGUGUGUGCGUGCAAUUGUGGACGACAAAAGGCGUAAGCAGCAUUGCUGAGGAAUUGAAGCGCUUACGGCGUGUCGAGAGACUCUUAAACACAUUUGCAGCAGGACAACAGCGAGCGGAACACGGAAACACGAUUCUGUUUGUUAGAGAAGCACACGCCGAAUGGUGAAGAAACACAAAAAUGUCAUUGGUGUCUGGAGACUGGGAAAGACGCUGGGAGCCGGGUCUUCGAGCUGCGUGCGACUGGCGAAGCAUACAGAAACAGGCCAAUUGGCGGCUAUGAAAAUUAUUCCACGAGCUGCUGCGUUUGUAGGGAGCGAAAUCCUUCUUAUGCGGUUGUUGCAGCACCCGAACAUCAUGCAGCUGUACGACGUGUGGACAGACAGCACGAACCUGUAUCUCGCGCUCGAGUAUGUCCAAGGCGGCCAGCUCUACGACUACGUGUGCAAGAACGGACCGUUGGAUGAGCAGACGGCGGUCAAUUUCUUUGGGCAGAUUCUAAACGCACUCUCGUACUGCCAUCGGCUUCGGGUGUGUCAUCGGGACCUGAAGCUUGAGAACAUUCUGAUUGAUCCGACGCGAGGAACAGUAAAGAUUGCCGACUUUGGAAUGGCUCGUGUUCAGCCGGAAAGCGUAAUGCUGCAGACGGGUUGCGGCUCGCUGCACUACGUGCCGCCAGAGAUCAUUAAGAAGCAACAGUACAGAGGAAAGCCCGCCGACGUGUGGUCGUGCGGUGUCAUUCUGUAUGCCUUGCUGUCAAGCUCACUUCCGUUCGACGACACCAGUGUUGCUGGUGUCUUCCACCGCAUUAUUAUGGGUCGCUAUGUACUCCCAGCUCACCUGUCGCCGUAUGCAAAGGAUCUGCUGAAACGCAUGCUGACAGUCGAUCCGCUGGAGCGCAUAACGAUUCCUGAAAUUUGGCAACACCCUUUCAUGAAGCAAUGCUCUAAUGUCCGUGUGGACGACGGUUCCAGCAUUGACCAAACGUUGCCCUUACCUUCUCGGACACCUGUCUCGCUGAACGAGAACAUCCUUGAGUGUCUGCAAAUUCUGUGCAAGGAUCUUCGCGUUACCGAGCUUCGCGAGCGCGUUCUCAAUGAUCUUAGCUCUACAGAGCUGCGCAUCUAUCACGGUCUGGAGCGACUGCUCGGAGGCCGCAAUGCUAAUAUGAAUAACUCACAAGGCUUGAAGCAGCUUGACUUUUGUGAGUUCAUUCGCGUACACAACCAGGUCCUUUCACGCAGUCGCUCAUCAGCAACAGCGGAGCAUCGGCCGUGUUUCCGCGAGUCGUUUCCCAUCUUGCGGGCGGGUGCCGUUGACGAUGCUGGCUGUGAAAAAGUCGUUCGCUUCGACAAACCGCCGAAACCGUUGCUGGUGGAUGAACGUCCUACGGACGAGGAUGUUCAUUUCGACCCAUACUCUUCCGGUGAGUUUACACGGACUCCCGAUUCUUCAGCAACUCCCAAGUACGGUUAUGAGCGUGUCUUCCCACGUCUGACCAUGUGGUCAAGCGACCGACUGUGUAGUCCGAGCAACGAUUCUGUCUCCUCGUACGAAGCCUCUAACGGAUACUCGAAUGGAGAACGACGAGUGAACGGGUCGUCUGCUACUAUGGCCGCGUCCAUGCGUCCGGCAUCCAUGGCCCAGCUGGAGAUGGAACGCACACGCCAAACCACUGAUACGCACCUACGGUCCGCGUCCGUGCCCUUGUUCGACAUGGAUUUGUUGUCGAAUGGCAAAGGUCCGUAUCCCUUGAAUUCGCCCGUUGGCCGGCGGUCAUCCCAGUCCGACGUUGGUUUUCUUGAACCCGAAUUGCUUUUUCCUCCCGACAAUCGCAACCGAAGCAUGUUUUCUAAAUUCCUUCAUCUGCCGUUCUUUGGCCGCUCCCGCAAGAAGCGUCUGCCGUCUGUUCUCGUUUGUUGCCGGUGCAGUCGGGGCAAGCUUGAGGAGACACUGAUUGAUGUGUUGCAAAAAUGGGCACUUUACCAGACUGGCUGUGUAAAGUUUACGUGCCUUUCGGAAGGCUUCUCUUUGCAUACGUUUGACCACCGUGGUUUGAAACCAUACUCCGUGCGUCUUUUUAUUAAGCUGCUUAAUGCCAUGGACUGUACCCAGGUGCAAUUCGACUACGUUGACGGCAGUCUAGAGGCAUUCUCUAAUGUAGUCUUUGCAUUUCGUCUUGCCCUCAAGCACAAGAACGUCUUAUGUGCCGGGUGAUUUUCCUCCUUUAAUGUUUUUGGACUAUGAGAGUUUUUAUGUCACCGUUUUCUCCGAUUUUCCUUUUUACUCUUUUGAGACCCUUUCUCUUUUUCUUCACAUUCCUUGCAUAUGUUUCUCACACAUUGGAAAAGUUGUUAUAGUUUAUGAUGGUGUAUUUAAAGUGCUUUUGUGUUUCGUAUUCUAUGAUGAGCCGAGUGCGAAAUUGUUAUUUGAGGCGGCCGUUACAGUAAGUCGAUAGUUUUGUUAACAAGUGUUUCUUCGUUUUGUUUGUUUGUUUACUACGCGUGC